AGUGGGCCUGAAACCGGGUCCGUCUGUCGCGGUUGUCGCCUAUUUUCCGGUUUGGCCGGAGAAAGUAACUCCUUUUAACCCUUAUUCUGAAGGGCUCUGGCCGAGGCAAAAGAUUCAACGUCACAUUACAAAAAAAAGAAACGCGAAUUCUUCACGUUCUGGACAAUUGGUUCAGGGUGGAGGGACUGUUCUCAGACUGACGGGCCGAAGGGUCAGUCAGAUCAGUUGCAGGCAGGGCGGAGAGGUCGAAGGAACAAACUGCUUUUCACUUAGUGGCAGUCGAUCGCUGGCUGUCUUCUUCCCUCCCCGAAAAACAGCAUUAUUUUGAUGUCGCUGCUUGUGUGAGAGAGACGAAGCUCGAAUCCCCUGCCCUGCUCGCCCCCAAGUGAUGUGACAGGCUUUAGCUGCCCCUCCCAAGCACCGCUUCCCCCACAAGCUUCAGCCGCUUGCUGACCAUGGCUGCAGAUUUGCAUGCCAAGUAUCAGAAACUUGCACAGGAGUACUCCAAGCUACGUGCUCAGAACCAAGUACUGAAGAAGGCUGUUGUAGAUGAGCAAGGCCAAGGUGCAUCUUUAAAGGAGGAACUGAAAAUGAAGGACCAAAGUGUUAGAAAGUUACAGCAAGAAAUGGAUAGUCUGACGUUCCGAAAUCAGCAACUGGCAAAGCGUGUAGAGUUACUUCAAGAGGAACUAGUAACUACUGAGGCCAAAGGCAAGAAGAGCAAGCAGAAGAGUGUUGACCCUCCAUCUCAGAUGAGCCAACAGCGACAGAGUGUGUUUGAUGAAGAUCUGCAGAACAAAAUACAGGAAAAUGAGCGUCUGCACAGAGAAAUACAAGAAGCACAAGCGAAACACAGCCAUACUGAAACUGACCUCAGGGAGCGAUUACUGGUACUGGAGAAAGAUGCUAUGCAACAUAAAGCUGUGAUAGAUGGCUUGAAGAUGAAGUACAUGGACACCAUAGAAAAACUUCAAAACGACAAAGCAAAUUUAGAGGUGAAAUCACAAUCCUUGGAAAGAGAAGCAAAGGACUGUAGGCUUCGGACAGAAGAAUGCCAGCAACAGCUAAAGAAUAUCCAUACUGAUCUGAGUAGCCGUUUGGACCAGUCAUUAAGUAUUAUUCAAGACAAGGUACCAUUUAAUGAUACGAGUUGUGCAGAAUACAGCACAUUGGAUGUACCUGUACAUGAUAGAAGGCACCAACUGAAAGCUCGUGAUGUUAGUGGACAGGCACUGACUUUCCUUAGAGAUUUGGUUGGAGCAUUGCUAAAUCUUCAUACUUACACUGAGCAAAGAAUUCAGAUCUACCCCAUUGACUCUGCAACAGACACUAUAUCUCCACUGAACCAAAAGUUUUCUGAAUAUCUACAUGAAAAUGCCUCUUAUGUCCGUCCCCUAGAGGAAAGAAUGUUGAACCUAUUUGAGAGCAUUACUGAAGAAACUCUUACAACACUGGAAACUACUGUGAAGCUUAAACCAUUUUCAGAUGUCUUUACUACCUAUGUUUACUUCCUGAAGAAAAUUCUACCAUACCAACUAAAGAGUUUGGAGGAAGAAUGUGAAUACUCGGUGUGCACAGCUAGUUUACAAGCAAGAAAUAUGGAGCUGCAGAGUGACAUGAAAAAGAUGACUGCUGUCUUCGAAAAGCUGCAGGUUUACAUAAGUCUCCUUGCCUUACCAAGUACAAAACCUGAAAUGCUCCUUCAGACAAACUAUAAUGUAAUUUUCACACAGCUUGCUGCUUGUCUUCAUUCAUUGCAUGAUGUCAUGAAAGAUAUUUCCAAGCACUACAGUAAGAAGGUUUCCUUAGAGCAAGAGCUACCCACCAUUACACAGAAGCUUAAAAAUACCAAUGAUUGUAUUCUUUCUUCUGUUGUAGCAUUGUCAAAUGUUACAGGAAAGAUUGGCACGUUCUUCAGUAACAACCUGGACUUUUUCACGGUUCCUUCUGUGUAUAGCUCAAGGAUAGGAAUGGGUGUAAUUGACCCUCUUGCAGCAGAAUGUAUGCUAGAGAAUAAGAAGAAAGCAGCUGCAUAUAUUAAGUCUUUAAAGAAGCCUCGUCCAGGAUCAGUACCAUAUGAAGAAGCUUUGGCAAAUCGCAAGACUAUUCUGAGUUCCACUGAAAGCCGUGAAGGUCUUUCGCAACAGGUGCAACAAAGCCAAGAGAAGAUAGCAAAGCUGGAACAGGAGAAAGAACACUGGAUGUUAGAAGCUCAAUUAGCCAAAAUAAAAUUGGAGAAGGAGAAUCAACGUUUAACUGAGCUGGAAAAUCAAUUGAAACCUACAGUGACUGGGAAAAUGACUUUUGUUGGUGCUGUCCAGGAGAAUGGUACUAUUCCUAAACUUGAAGAAGAAUCGCCACUUGUUGAAAAGGAUUCCAAAGAGCCAGUUAGAAGCACUAGCCUGGUUGGAAUGUUGACCACUUCCACCAUCAACAAUGAGAUUCCUGAUGCGGAGUCACGUGAACAGUUGAUCAAAAAUCACUACAUGAUGAGAGUGGCUGAGCUAACCUCACAACUUCAGAUAGGUGACAGCAAGUCGGUGCAUUUCUAUGCAGAGUGUCGAGCCCUUGCUAAACGCUUAGCUCUGGCAGAAAAGUCCAGAGAAGCCCUCUUAGAAGAAGUAAAAGUUGCCAAUCAAAACAUUGUGCGAUUGCAGGAUGAGUUAAUGACUACAAAGAGGAGCUAUGAAGAUCAGUUGAGCAUGAUGAGUGAUCAUUUAUGUAGUAUGAAUGAGACUUUGUCAAAACAAAGGGAAGAAAUUGACUCUCUUCGUAUGGGCAGUAAGGGUAACGCAAAGAAAAACAGAGGGCGAUAAGAUCUAAAGACACCAGACUACUAGACAUCUGAGCAUUGAAGAUACAGCUGCUGUUAUCCAGAGGGAAUUUCACAAUGCCAAAUGAGUAUUUGUGCCGCAGUUCUUUCUGGGAGUAAAGGUGUUCAGUGAUUGUGGUAUUAGAGAGCCUAGGAAUCAAAAGGAAAUUGGACUUUAAGGGGUGAUUUUUUAAAAAGAAUCCUUACAAGUUUUAGGAACAUAAUGGAAAUAUUCUGGCAUUUAAAAUAUAUUCCAAAAACAUUGUACCUAUGAAAUUCCCAUUCAAUAGGUAAUUUGUAAUAAUAGCUUUUAAGAUUGUAUUUCAUUAGGUCAAUCCAUAAUGAAGGAGGUUUUGUACAUUGAAUUAUGUGACGAUGUGUAUGUUAAUUGUUUAACUAUUCUCUGAAAAAUGAGAGAUUUAGCAUCUUGUACAAAUCAAGUUUUUUGAUUUCUCAAAAUGUGGAGCACAAGUCUAAUUUGUUCCUUUGACUCCUGUUACUAACCUUGUUAAUACUGCACCAGCUCUCUCCUCUCCAUUUCACAUCCUUUUGCUCUUUUCCCCCCUAAAAAAUUUAAAUGUGAAAAUCUAUUUGGUGCAUAAACUGUAAAUGAAAAAUGAUCAAUAAAAAUGGUACAUUAUA